AUGCCCAAUGCAAUGGCGCUCGUCGGUGCAGUUCCGGGGGCUGCCAGCUUGCCCACUGAGGAGCCCCUCCAUGCGCGAUCUGCCGCAUCCGGCCCCAUCUUGUCGACUGGAUGGAGAGCCAAGGCCCAGGCAGAGCAAAGCCAGGUGGUGGGCUGCGUCGUGGCAACUUUGGGGCUGGCUGCUUCCAGGCGGCGAACGGUGCCACCCCCUCGAGCAUUCAUCAUUCAUGUCUAUUGCUUUAGAACGCUGCUUGUGCUUAGCUGGGUAGAUAUGGCAGAACAGGACAUGCAAACCCCGUGGCUCCAAAUAUCGCGUGUUUUCGACUUCAAGGCGCAGCUAGAAGCUACCGAGUGA